CUGCAAUUAACUCCGGCAAAGCACCCAUUUCCAGAAUCCCAAACCUCUACUCCGUUCAUUCGACCCUACCAGAGCGUUUCUUGCGACUCGAACGAACCCUAGAAUAGAUGAAUAUUCGUGCUGAUAGUUUUUAAUCUCAGAAAAAAAUUUACUUAUUUAAUUUUCUUGGGAAGAAAGACGGGAGUUUUCUCGAGAAAGUGAUACAACCUCCGAAGAUGUCUAGCAGAAAGCUGGUCCGAGACUUAUUCCUGUCGAAGCAGCCCCUUUUUCGCCACCUAUUAGCAUCCUCACAGGUUUCGACUUCAGGUACAAGAAUAAGAUUACUUCCUGCAAAUGGGUAUGUGGGUAGCCGUCAAUUUAGUGUCUUUAAUGAGCUUUCCAAGAAGGUUAAAGGCGAAGCCAACAGAAAUCAGGAAUUCCAGCAGUCAGUCAAGGAACUGAAGGAGAAAACGGAAGAGCUGAAAGGGGUGAAAGAAGACUUGAAAGUUAGAACGAAGCAAACAACUGAGCAGCUGUACAAGCAUGUGGAUGGUGUGUGGACAGAGGCUGAAGCCACGGCAAAGAAGGUUUAUGUCAAUGUGGAGGAAAAAAUUUCAGCUGCCACAGACGAGGUCAAAGGAAGUUUUGGGAUGGGGAAGCAAGAGCCUUCAGGGUCAGCUGGUGAUUCUGCUAAUUAUGGUUUUAAGAUGAAAGACGGAAGCAAGUCCGCAUUUGGAGAAGAAAAGCAGCAGCAAUCAGGGCCUACUGAUACUACAGAAACAGUAUUUAGCAAAAUCAAGUCCAGCGUUUCUUCCAUUUCUCCUAAGGUUUCACUGGCCUUCCAGAAAUUAAAGGAAGCAAAGCCUAUUGACUUAGCGAAGAAGGGUUACCACAUUGUAAAGGAUGACUUGAGCGGUAACCCACAUAAGAGAAAGCACCUUGAAUAUACAGCUUCUUCCACAGGCCCCUCAUCUCAAGGUGAAAGGAAUUCAAGAACUGAUGUUGUUGUCCUACCCUCUAAGCAGUCUCGAUGGAGUAAAACUUGGGAGGCAUUCAAAGAAAAGACGCAAGGCCAUCCUAUAUUCAAGCGUGUCAGUGGCUUAAGUGAACCUGUUGUGACAAAGAGCCGGGAGAUCAAGGAAGACAUGCAGGAGAUGUGGGACACUAGUGAUCACCCUGUUGUACACAAAAUUCAGGAUAUCAAUGAAAGUGUAUUUGGAGAAACGGCUGCUGCAAUGUCAUUCAAGGAAAUACGUCAGCGAGAUCCAUCUUUCUCUUUACCAGAAUUUGUUGCUGAGGUCCAAGAAGUGGUUAGACCAGUCCUUACUGCAUACAUAAAGGGAGAUAUCGAAGUCUUGAAUAAGUAUUGUAGUUCUGAAGUGGCAGAGAGAUGUAAGGCAGAGCAUAAGGCAUAUGAAAGCCAGGGUAUCUUUUUUGAUAACAAGAUUCUACACAUAUCUGACGUCGAAUUGAGAGAGACCAAAAUGAUGGGGGACUCUCCCAUAAUCAUUGUGGGGUUCCAGACGCAGCAGAUAUAUUGUGUACGUGAUAGACUUGGCUCAAUAAAAGAGGGGAGCAAGGAUACCAUCCACACUGUGUACUAUGCUUGGGCUAUGCAACAAGUGGAUAGAGAAGAACUUGGAGAAGGUGUUCCACACGCAAUAUGGAAGCUUAGGGAAAUGCAACUAUUUGGCGUGCAGGCCCUCAUAUAAAUUGUGCAUUUCCCCAUCAGCGGCAUCUUGUCAUUAUUGCUGUUCACCGUUAUGUUGUUGAGUCGGAGAAUGAAUUGAACCUAAAUCUUCCUUUGCAAAUGAAUGAGAAUUUAGAUCAUCUGUUGCACAAUUGAUUCAAUUUAUUCAUACCCGUCUUUGCUUGAC